AUGGACGCAAGCGUGGAAGAGUUAGAUAAAAAGUUUAUGAGCAUUGGGCUAAAUGAAACUCGUGUCAAAGAUACGUUGAAAAACAAAAAGUUGAGUUCUGCUUUGAACAGAGUCAUUGACGAGGCUAAGUUGGACGGGUCGGGAUGUGAUCGAUCUGUCGGCAACUUGUUAAUGACUUUAGCAAAUGAAUCUUUGAAACAAAAGGACACAAAAUUGCAGAAACACGAACCAUAUAUUUGCUCCAAAAUAGUCAAGGGAGAUAUAAAGAGCACCCUCCAAGUGAAUGCUGCUAUUGCUUAUUGUAAAAGUACAGACUCCGUCAAUGAUGAAGAAUUUGACAAGGAAUCAGGCGUCGGCGUCACCUGUACACCAGAACAGAUUACUGAAUUGGUUGGUCAGUACCUGAAAGAAAAUGAAGCAAAGAUUAUUGAACAAAGAUAUUCCUCUUUCAAUGCUACUUCAUCUGCCUUGCGCCAGCAUCCUAUUCUGAAAUGGGCAUCUCAGUUGGAUGUAAAGCAAACACUUGACAAAAAGUAUUUGGAGCUUUUGGGUCCAAAAGACGAAAGAGACGCUCCAGUUGGUAAGAAGGGUAAGGGAAACAAAGGAAAGGCAGACACGAAAGAUCAGAAGAAAGGCACAACAGGCUCUAGCAAGAGCAAUUACAAUAUGUUUGAAGAAGGCUUUCUUGCAAAGUUGCACAAGCCUGGUGGAAAUCCACAGCUAAUUCCUGAGCGCAUGAAGGAACACUUACAAGCAACUGGUGGUGGUGUUGUCACUCGAUUCCCCCCUGAACCAAAUGGGUAUCUCCAUAUCGGCCAUUCCAAAGCCAUUGCUGUCAAUUUUGGCUUUGCUCGCUAUCACAAAGGUAUUUGCUAUUUGCGUUUCGAUGACACCAACCCUGAGGCCGAAGAAGCAAAAUACUUUGAAAGUAUUAAGGACAUUAUUUCCUGGCUUGGAUUUUCUCCUUACAAGAUCACUUAUUCCAGUGAUUAUUUCGAUCAACUCUAUGAGCUCGCUGAAUUGCUAAUUAAGAAGGGCAAGGGUUAUAUUUGUCACUGCACCGACACUGAAAUCAAAAAGGCGAGAGGUGGUGAAGAGCGUGGCCCUAGAUAUGCUUGCGUUCACCGUGACCGUCCCAUUGAGGAGUCCCUGGCAGAAUUCCGUAAUAUGAGAGAUGGAAAAUACAGACCUAAGGAAGCAAUUUUGCGAAUGAAACAAAAUUUGGAUGAUGGCAAUCCUCAAAUGUGGGAUCUCAUUGCCUACCGUGUUCUCGACACUCCUCAUCCUCGUACCGGUGAUAAAUGGAAAAUUUAUCCUACCUACGACUUCACUCAUUGUUUGGUUGAUUCUUUUGAAAACAUUACUCACUCUCUCUGUACUACUGAGUUCAUUCUUUCUAGAGUUAGUUACGAGUGGCUUUGUAACACUCUCGAGGUAUAUUGCCCAGCUCAAAGAGAAUACGGUCGUUUAAAUGUUGUGGGAACGCUUAUGAGUAAAAGAAAAAUUAUGAAACUUGUUAAUGAAGGUUAUGUUCACGGUUGGGACGAUCCUCGUUUGUAUACCCUCGUUGCUCUUCGUCGUCGUGGUGUUCCCCCAGGUGCUAUUCUUGAAUUUGUUAGCGAGGUUGGUGUGACAACCGCUAUUAGUAACAUUGAGGUUGCUCGCAUUGAAAAUUGUGUUCGUUCUUUCCUUGAAAACAGCGUUCCACGUCUUAUGUUUCUCCCUGAUCCCGUCAAGGUUACCCUUGAGAACCUCGCUGACGAUUACAGAGAGGAGAUCCAAAUGCCCUUUAACCCCAAAAAUACUUCCAUGGGUUCCCGUACUCAGUAUUUAACGAAGACCGUUUAUAUUGAUCGUUCGGACUUCCGUGAAGAGGCCUCCAGUGACUUUUUCCGUUUGACUUUGAAUCAACCUGUCGGUCUCUUCCGAGCAUCCUGCCCUGUAGUAGCAAAGAAGAUUGUUAAAGACGACAAGGGAAAUGUGGUAGAAAUUAUUGCCGAAUACGAUCAAAGCCUCUCUAACAAACCGAAAACCUUUGUUCAAUGGGUUUCUGAAGAUGCUGCAAGCAAUAGUCCUGUUCGCUUGGCGGAAACUCGUCUUUAUAAUAAUUUGUUUAAGUGUGAUAAUCCCGCCGUUUUGAAGGAUCAGGAUCUAGCCGACCAAUUGAACCCUGAGAGUGAAAUUGUUUUGAAGAAUUCCAUGGUUGAGACUGGAAUUUAUGAUCUGAUUAAAUCUGCUCCUUGGCCAAAGACUGAUUCAUCUGCUGGCGUAGACAAGGCUGGAAGUCCAGAAAGUGUCCGUUUCCAAGCUAUGCGUGUUGGCUACUUCUGUUUAGACAAGACCAGCAUCAGUCCUGACAAGCUUGUUUUGAAUCGCAUCGUUUCGUUGAGAGGAGAGGAGUCUGCUAAAAAUAAGGAUUAA